UCGAGCCGAUAUAAUCUACCCAUAAUGAAAGUUCAGCAUAAAUACCUCGUUCUUUUUUAUGCAUUGUCUUUUGUAUUCGGUGAUGAGCCCCAUUUUAAGACAAGAUUUGACUACGAUGAGCAACUUUUGGAGAAAAUGAUUCGCAUGGAAUUUCAAUAUGAACAGUGGGAAAAACGGAUAAAUGAAAGUCUGGGGAAAUUAGAGAAACAGAGAACAAGCAUUCAGACUGAUUUGGAAGUAUUGCGAAAUGAAAGAGAAGAGUUUGACAAGCACGUUAACGAGACGAUGAAACACAUGCAGCAAGUGUCCAAACUAAAAGACUCACAACAGCUGUCUAAACCUCCUCACUCAACAAUUUUGUUUCGAGCGCGAAAGGUGGCUGACUAUACCCUCUCAACUGCAAACCAGAUAAUUAUCUUCUCCGAAAUGCUCAGCAACGUCGGCGGAGGCUACAAUUCUGCAUCUGGUAAAUUUACAGCACCAGUCGUAGGAACUUACCUUUUCACUGUCAGCCUGUGUCCAAUACGCGGAAAGAGCAUAUUCUACAAAAUUGUGGUCAAAGACGACGUAGUGGCAAACGGACAUACGUAUGAUGUUGCAGGCUUCCUUUGUGUUUCCGGAAACGCUAUCGUGCAACUUGACGCCAAUGACGUCGUCUACGUCAAAUCCACGUACUCGGCUGACGUACUUGUGCAAAGUGGACUGCAUGAUAGUUUUGACUCAAAGUCUAAUUCUUUUUCAGGCGUUCUUCUACAUUCAAUCUAAAUGACACAUCUAUUCAAUUUAUGUUCAUCAUAAGUCAAAGAAGAUCGCUAACUGUAGUCAGAUUGCUAAAAUGCAAGAUUGGUAGAACUAAACCAAUGCACGUUCGCUGAUAUGUUGACAUUGAGUUACUAAUGUAUCUUUAUCCUAUUUUUGAAGUAUAAGGCAAGCAAAAUAAAUGGAAGGGUGAUGUUCCUACACCCGUCUUUAUUGGAAAGUCGUAAUUGAAUUGUUUAAUGAUUUUUUUUCUUCUUAUAUUUUGUUAAAUAAGAUAGAUCAGAGAGUUGAUGCACCUUUUAUUUUUAUAAUUGAUAUCGAGAACCUGGUAUUGUUGUUUUAAUUUGUUACGGUCAAUUUGUUAAACAGAACAAAGCUAUAUAUAUAUCAAAACAUUAUCAAUACAAAAACAUAAUUAACAUAUAUAUCUUGCAGUGAUAAGAACAGUUCAUAAAACUUAUUUUUACAGAGCGUUGGCGAACUUGCUGGCAGCAUUUACUUUACUUGGUUUUGUGUGAUAAAUUUUGAAUUGUACCUUAUUAUUUAAGCUGAUUUCCCUUCCUAAUUAAUGGAUUCGUUUUAAUAUCUUUGGACCAUCGCUGGUGCACAUCCUUAAGCUGAUGUUUCUGAUCUUACUGUAGAAGUACAUGUUUUGAAGAAUAUAAGACGUAGUUGUUAUAUUUCUGAACAUUAGCUUUAAAGUUUGGUUGAAUGACUUAACUAUUAGAAUAAACCUCUUUUGAAAAGAAAUUACCGUAAAAGUGUAUCGUUUGCAAAUACAUAAUAGGUAAUUAGUGGCUUAUCUAUAAAAAGGGAAGUGCGAUGCCUUGUAUACAUUUAAAGUAUAUUUCUUGUUUACUGCCAGAAAAAGGUAUGAUUCCAAUAAGAAUGUUGAUUUUAUUAAACAAAAUUAUUUUAAAAAUCUAGUCUUAGUAUGCAUGCAGCUAUUUGUUAUAAGACCUUCUACUCGCGCGUUGUGGAGCAUACGAAGUGACAAGAUUACUUCCCUUUUGGAGUCGUAAAAACACUGACGUCUCAAAUGGUGAAUUAAAGAAAGAACGCGCGAUAAAUAUAUGAAACAAAAACUUUUGAUGACUGUUCACCGUUGUUUGUAGAAUGUUUUAUUAUUACAGUUAUAUUUGUUUUCAUGUAAUAAACUAUUUAUU